GCGAUGUUUGGUGAAUGUCAUUUCCGGCGUCCAUCUUCGUUUCUGAUUGAACCCUGACGUUGGAAAGACCAUAAAGUAAAUCAGCAACACCAGAAAAAACUUUUAAAACAUAUGCCCAACAUUCUGGCCACCCAGAACUUCUAGCUGCCAGUGGUCUUCAAAACAUAAACUUCUUUGCUGCUACAGAAUAAGGUGUCUGGCAAUAAAUCUGCAGGGGCUGCAUGAUGUUGAACGAGAAAGGAGAUAGGAUAAACAACAACACAAGCCUUCCACCAAUUCAGCAAAAUAGACCUGCUUUGUCAUGGGAACCGAAGAUCAAGAAACGUGUGACUGUCCCCUCCUGUCUGGGCAUGUUCAGACCCGUUAUGGGUCAGUGUUGCCACCAGUGCACCCCGGACAGUCUGAACAAAAAGCUUGGCCAAAACUCUUUCCUUGGCUUCCGCAACCUGCUGAGCAUCAACGAGACACAAACCAGAUAUCGAGGCUGGCUGGUGCGCAGGGUAUGCUGCAUUUUGUAUGUGAGUGGGUGCAAGGUUUAUGGGAGUCCCGUUACCGACAGGCUGGAGAGAAUCUGUCAGAGCAACAGGGUUAGGGAGGCGCUCACAGCGGCUCAUAAAGCACCCGAGGGGGAAGACAGCCAAGGGCAGCUCAGUCUUCUCUCACCGCUCCUGUCCCUCAUUAACACCUGCAUUUCCCCCGGCCUCAUCAGAUUCAUGUCCUGGGUGAUGCUGAAGAUGUUUGCCUCUGUGUUUGGAAGUAUUCAAGUCAACAAAAAUCAUCUUCCAGCUUUACACAAAGCAACACUAGAGGGCUCUCCCCUGGUAUAUGUGUAUCUGCGUCAAAGCGACGUGGACUGCGCUCUCAUCUCUCUCGCGCUCCUCUGUCACAGCCUGAGAACGCCAUACACUGUUUGUCCUCUCCACGUCAAAAGCUCCUUCCUAAGAUCCGUCUUGGAGAAAGUAGGUGUCAUCCUGCUGCCUCCUAAUGCAGCGACCGAACUUGAAGCUGAAAUGGAUCCUCUCUACUCUGCUGUCAUGACUUCUCUGGUAUGUGAGCUGCUUCACGAGGGUCAGGCGUUAAGCGUCGGCGUGUCAGCGGCAUUUGGCCACGGCGGCCAGUGGCUGGCUCGCAUCAGGCAGCUCAUCAAAGAGGGAUCUGUCCCUGAUGUCAGCCUGGUCCCUGUGGGCAUCUCAUACGACUGUGCGGCCGACACCAACGUAAAGGAAGCUGGUUUACAGUCUGUGUUGCAGUGGCUGUCGUCGCUUCUCUGGAAGAAACCAGCAGGAAGUGUGAUGAUCCACCUUUCCCAGCCAUUUUCUCUCAAGGAGAUGUGUGAGUCGGGGCGGUGCAGAGUAGAUGAAUGGCUCCCUCUACAGGACCUGUUGCUGCCUGUUGUCCUCAACAACAGAGCUGACAGUGUGUUUGGGAAGAGACGGAUGUCGUGGCUUCUGCCUGCGUUGCAUUCUGCUCCUGAACUCGAAGAGAAGAGGCAUUCAGAUAGAGACCUCAGCGUUGCCAUCGUCCUCCACCUCAUCUUCUCGGUCGCUUCCUGCACGGCUGUGAUGUCCACCAGUCUCGUGUCCAGUCUGCUACUCUACAAACACAGCAAGGGCGUGAGUACAUCUGUCCUGUGUUGUGACGUCGCCUGGCUCCUCGAGGAGCUCUUGUUCAGGAACAGAGACGUUGGCUUUAGGGGAACUCUUCCAGAAAUCGUCCACUACUCUCUCUCCCUGCUUGCACCUCACCUCAUCAUCGCUGCGUUGCCGACAGGGAAAGACCCUCUCAUUGUCCCUCGUCCGUCCGCUGCUUCUGUUCUUCACCUCUCUGCUCUGGCCCAGAAGGUGACUCACACCUUCAUACUGGAAGCUGUGGGAGCGUGCGCGGUGUCGGCCAUGCUGUGCGAGGUGGUCUUCAGCGGCGUCAGCAGCCGAGUGAGGAGCGACGGCGUGGAGGGAGAGGAGGUCAAAGGUGACAUGGAGUUUGAUGUGGUGCUCGGUCAGUCGGAGCUGACGGAGAAAGCCUUGCAGCUUUGCCAUCUCCUGCCUCCGGGCAUCAUGCCACCUUGUCAGUCGGCUCAGAGUUUUGCUCUGGAUGCUGUUGACAGUCUGGUCCGCUGUGGCAUCCUGAUCAUGGAGGAAAUUCACCGAGACGUUCACAUCUGUGAUUUCUGGAAGAGGGAAGGCACUCUGAACUGGACCGCCACCGAUGACCCAUAUCACAGCGACUCUGACUGCGAGGACCAGGACUUGCGCUCAUACAAGAUAAGUCAGCCGAAGCAGUUCCCAGAAAUGCUCUUCUUCCUCUGCAGAAUGCUAGCUGGACAUUUGAGGGCGCUGUGCUGGACCACCAACGCUCUGGACGUGAUGGACUUGCCUCUGCUUGAAGCCGAAUUUCUAUCUCAGAUACACUCCCAUCUCUGUGAAACGGCAAAUCAGAAGAAACAGCACUAUGAAAGCUGCUCAGAGGAGGCGGCACACACUGCAGUUAGAACACUAAUAGACCUCGGGGUCCUUCUGCAGACGCGUCAGACGGGAGCCAUCUUCCUCGGUGUUAGUCCUUUGUUCCAGUUGUCAGAGAACCGGGAGAAGCUGCAGCGCUUCAUCUCGCAGUACCUCUACAAUUAAUAUCAUCCACGCUGAGUCAGGCCUCUGGGGAGACUCUUUGACGCAGACCUCUGGACAUCAAGACGGGGAGAACAAUCGAUUCCUCGCUUUGAUGGGAGUUUUUUCUGGCAGCCGUUAAUGUUUGCUGUGUACAGCUGACUGUUUUUACAGUCCAGAGUGAGUGCAGCUGCUUUUCACCCUCAAAUCAGGAACAAACCGCAGCUCCGAGUGACGGUGCAACUUUACCGCCACCCGGUGGCACUUCUGAGGAUCUACAACCUGACAAAUUAAGCUUUAAAUGUAGUAAAUUUCUUCUUUAAUGUUUAAACCUUUUUGCAGUUUUUACAAAUGAUCAAGAAGAGACUUGAUUUAUGUUUGACAUUUGAAGUUAAUUCAGUUCACAAUAUGAAGAAUCUUUUACAUUUAUUGGUGAUAUAUUUUCAACACUUUGUUCUUUUAUAGCUAGGAAAUAUUGGUUCAGAUCCACUUUUUAAAAAUUACAUAAGCACCCCCACAUUUAAAUCAGGCAACAAAAUAUCUGCUGGCUGUUCAGAAAAUGCUAUCUGAAUAGAAAGUUCAGUGGAAGGAAAAAUUGUGGUAGAAAAAGGUGCAUAAAUUUCAGACAGAACCAAAGCAAAAUUAAUUAAGCGUUCAGAGAAAGUUUCUGUUUAAGACAACUGUACAGAAAUUAAAUUUAAGAUUUUUGGCUGAUAUUUCUUCACUGAAAAUGUAUUUCUGUCACAAUAGUCAGGAUGGUUGUAGGACUUAUAUCUAAUAUUUAAUUGAAUAAUAAAACUCAGAAAUGUCAAAAAAAAAAUCCAGAAAAUGUGAGAUUAAUCUCAAAAUUUCUGACUUCUGAAACUCAGAAAUGUAUAAUUUUUUUUUGGUGGAAAUGUACUAUUCCUUUUUUCUAUCUAGAAAGGCCCUAAUAGGCUGUGGUAAAGCUGUGAUUUAUUAAAUCACUCAGAGUUAAGGAGCUUCAAAGUAAAAACAUAGAAUAUUUUUGGAAAUGCCCUCAGAUUUCCCUUUACUAGACAGUAAACUGAUCAAUUGUGUUAUAUCUGGUCAAUUAUCCAGCUGGACUGAAAAAACAGAACAAAUACACGUUACUAAUACUACAGCCAACAAAAGUGCCAUGAGAAACAAUUGGUGAAAGGAGGAACUACUUCUUCAAAAUGGCUGGACGUAAAACACAAACUUUAUGUAAUAAAGAAAAAUGUGAACUGGAAAAAAAUUAAACAUUUUCUUAGUAAUUCACCACAUUAUAUAAUUGUUGUAUUAUAUACACUGUAUAUUUUUAAUCUCGACCCAAAACAUUAUAGAUUUUUUCUGUGUCCUCUGCUUGUGUUUCAUUUAUUGUAGUUUGAAAUGCAAAUGCUCAAUAGAAAUAAAGUUAAAAUAUUACAAAUCAAACUGAAGAGCAGCUGGAAGUAAUAAAACCCAAUUAUUAAUGAUUGUCUGACAGCUGCAAACACUCAUAAGAAGCUCAUAUUAAACCAUCUGUAAUGUUUCACUAGCUGUAAAAAAAAAAAUUAAACUGGGACACUGAGCAACAAUUAAACCAUUCAUAAAUAUUCUCUUAA